GGGAAAGUUUCAAGGCUAUGAAUCAUGUUGCUGAAGGCAGGCAGAACUUCCAAGUCACGCUAUUUAUUGAAGGUGCAGAUGCUGUUACUCAUGGCAGAGUGAACUGAGCAUCAAUUAGAAAACGUUUGCAGACCACGAACCCGAGAGAGCCAGGAUGGGCACUGCUGGAAAAGUUAUCAAGUGCAAAGCAGCUGUACUAUGGGGAAUGAACCAGCCCUUCUCCAUUGAGGAAAUAGAAGUGGCCCCACCAAAAGCUAAGGAAGUUCGUGUUAAGGUUUUGGCCACAGGAAUCUGUCGCACAGAUGACCAUGUGAUAAAAGGAGCAAUGGUGUCUAAGUUUCCAGUGAUUUUGGGACAUGAAGCAGUUGGGGUUGUAGAGAGUGUUGGGGAAGGAGUCACUACAGUAAGACCAGGUGACAAGGUCAUCCCCCUCUUUCUACCACAGUGUAGAGAAUGCAAUGCCUGCUGUAACCCAGAGGGCAAUCUCUGCAUUAGGAGCGAUCUGACGGGUCGUGGAGUACUGGCCGAUGGCACUACCAGAUUCAUGUGCAAGGGCAAACCGGUCCAGCAUUUCAUGAACACCAGCACCUUCACCGAGUACACGGUGCUAGAUGAGUCAUCCGUAGCUAAGAUAGAUGGCGCAGCUGCUCCUGAGAAAGCCUGCCUCAUUGGCUGUGGGUUUUCCACAGGCUAUGGGGCUGCUGUUAAAACCGCCAAGGUCACCCCUGGCUCCACUUGUGUAGUGUUCGGCCUGGGAGGUGUUGGCCUAUCGGUCAUCAUGGGCUGUAAGGCAGCUGGAGCCUCCAGGAUCAUUGGAAUUGACAUCAACAAGGACAAAUUCCAGAAGGCCCUGGCUGUAGGUGCCACAGAGUGUAUCAAUCCCAAGGACUUCACCAAGCCCAUCAGUGAGGUGCUGUCAGACAUGACAGGGAACACCGUGCAGUACACAUUUGAAGUUAUUGGGCGUCUUGAAACCAUGGUCGACGCCCUCUCGUCUUGUCAUAUGAACUAUGGGACCAGUGUGGUGGUCGGCGCUCCUCCAUCAGCCAAGACGCUCACUUACGACCCAAUGCUGCUCUUCACUGGGCGGACGUGGAAGGGAUGCGUCUUUGGAGGUGAGACGUCCGGGCCUUCCGCCGACAGUGGUUGGAAGAGCAGAGAUGACGUACCAAAACUGGUGACUGAGCUCCUGGAAGAGAAAUUUGACCUGGACCAGUUGAUCACCCACGUCUUGCCUUUUGAAAGCAUCAAAGAAGGGUUUGAAUUGCUUUAUUCAGGGCAAAGCAUUCGGACUGUCCUGACAUUUUGAGAUCUGAGAGGUGGGUGUUCUGUGCUGGGUGACCGUAACCUGAAAUCUUCUUCCUGGCAGUGCCCUCUGAGAUCCUGGGUCUGUCUCAGAAACACAUGCAGAAGUAGACUUGGUGAAGAUAUAGAAGUUUUAUAGGGUUUGAUAAACCUUUAUAAUUUUAGUUUAGUAAGUGCCUAGGAUUAGCAGGGAAUUGCAUAGUAGCAUGAAGUGUUUUAAUUUGUGUUUUCUAAGGAUGUAAGUCUAUAUUUUUUACAAAUAUAUACUUGGAUUUCUAUUUGUUAGAAUAGGGAUUGUUUGUAGAAUUUUACACAGUUGUUGUGACCUAAAGUAGACCUAGCAUACAGAGAUGCAGUAAACACAUUUUUAGAGCAAUACCCACCAAACACACUAUAACUCAUUUUAUUUUUUUGUUUUUUUUUAACAGAAACACUUUUAAAAUGUGUUAUAAAUUAACUUGAAUUAGAUUGUGAAAUUGCACACAUUACUUGAUUAGAUUAAGAAAGAAGUUGGGAAAUUUAAGGGAAGGGCACAUUUUUCAAUGAUUAACUUUAAGAAUUAUCAUUAUGUAACUUUGUAACAUUCAAAAGGCACCACAGUGCCUGGGGCUAUUUGUCAGUAUAUAUUAAUAUCCUAUAAGACAAAAAGUUUAGAAUAGCAAUUGAGUAUGAACCAUAGCUAUAAUCACAUUGUGAUAUUUACCACAAUAUUCAGUUUAAUAAAGUAGAAUUACAAGUCCUUAAGUCCCUAGUUACAUGGUAAUAACUACAUUUAACAUGAAGAUGUUUUUGUUUUGCUAUAACUACACCAAAAUGUAUUUACCAGCUUCUGUCUGUGGGCAUGUACAUACAUAUAAUAUGCAUUAAAAUUUCAUUAUGAUAUGUAUCAGACUGGCUUAGUAUGUAGCCUGGGAUAACCUCAAAGUAGGACCACCAACAUGUACACCUGACUGAAAUUUUUUAAUAAAAUCAAAAGCUAACCAAAAUUUGAUUUGAAGUGACAAGUUUGUUUGAAAAGGGGCAGUUUUAUUUAGUUGUUGAGAUUUUAAUGAUUAUAGAGUAUUGAAGUAUCUGGAAACAAAAUGAUUUAUAAGAAAAAGAAGAAUAGAA